AAAGGUGUUUCUGCAGAAGUCUGCAAUGUCCAAGAGGCCCCGGACCUUCAAGCUGCGGGCGCUCCACAGCCAGGACAAAUACGGGGUGGCGGGAAAGAACUGCCAGGAAGUGUUGCUGAAAGGAUGUCAGAAAUUCCAGCUUCCUAUUUCUGGCUGCCGCCUGUGUUUGUACGAAGAUGGCACUGAGCUCACUGAAGACUACUUCCAGAGCCUCCCUGACAACACCGAACUCAUGCUUCUGACCCCUGGUCAGGCCUGGCAGGGCUAUAUCAGCGACAUCCAUCGCUUCCUCACCAUAUUCUACCAGCCGCAGGCGGACGUCAUUCAAGCAGCUCAGAAACUGCUCUCUGAUGAGCGAGCUCCCUUGAGGCAGAAGCUUCUUGCGGACUUCCUUCACAACAUUAGCGAAAACAUCCAGGCAGAAACCCGAGAGGAGGAUGGGCCAUGGUUUGAAGGUUUGGAGUCUCGGUUUAGGGAUAAGUCUAGCUAUUUGAGGUAUAGCUGUGAGAGCCGCAUACGGAGUUAUCUGAAAGAGGUGAAUGCUCAUGCCUCCACCCUCGAUCCCCAGCUUCGAGCAGAGUAUCUCAAAAUCAUCAGCCAAAUGUGCGAGAAACUGAAAUCAGUGCGCUACAAUGGCAACUACUUUGAUAGGAGAAACAAAGGGAGAGAACGUCUUUGCACCGCAGAAGGCUGGUUCUCUUGUCAGGGUCCUUUCGAUUUGGAUGCUUGUUUGUCUAAACACUCCAUCAACCCCUAUAGCAACCGGGAAAGUCGAAUUCUCUUCAGCACGUGGAACUUAGAUCACAAAAUAGAAAAGAAACGCACCAUUGUGCCCACCCUGACUGAAGCUGUUGCUGAGCAAGAUGGGAGAGAAGUAGACUGGGAAUAUUUCUACAGCCUGCUUUUUACCUCCGAUAAUCUCAAAUUGGUGCAUAUUGCCUGCCAUAAGAAAAGUAGUCAUAACCUCAACUGUGAUGAAACCAGGAUUUACAAACCCAAGAAGCGUGUUGUCAGGAAACGUGAUGCCCGCAGACGUCAGUGACCUUUCUGCUAUUGCUGUCCUAGGUUUUAGAGUGAGAAGGGGACUUGGAGAUCAUCUGCUCCAUUCCCCUUGUUUUACAGAAAAAGAAACAGGUUCAAAUAGGAGAAGAAGCAAGCAUUUAUUAAGUGCCUACCAUGUGCCAUUCUCUGUCCUAGUGCUGGGGAUGGAUACAAAGACAAAAAUGCAACAUUUCCUGCCCUCAGUGAGCUUACAUUUAUCGGAGAAGAAACAACAUGUGUACAUAAAAUGAUAUACAAAGUAUCUGCAAAGAAAAUGGAAGACAAUUUUUGUUUUGCGAGGAAGGAUUAAUAGCAGGUGGCCUCAGGAGCAUCUUCCUGUAAGAGGUGGCAGUUCAGCUGUGCUUAGAGGAAGCUAGAGAUUCUAAAAGAUGGCAGUAAAGAAAGAGUCAGUCUAGUCACAGGGGACAGCCAGUAGAAAGUCAGGGAGCCUACCUCAUGUACCUAUCUGAUGGUGCUUUAAUGCAGGGUCUCCGUAAAGGCGCUGCUUUCUGUCUGUCUCUGUGGCUAAUUCCAAGCUUACAAAUGUCUGUCUGUCCAUAUGUCUGUUUCCGUCUUUGUGUUGUUGUUUAGUCAUGUCCACCUCUUUGUGACCCCAUCUGGCGUUCUCUUGGCAAAGAUCUUGGAGUGGUU